CUUUCUUGUUGUACAGCAACAACGUGAACAGAAUUAAUCUCGGCUGGUUCCCGCCUGGCUGUAUUCAGCACGGCAAUUAAUAAUGAAAUCAGCGCCAUGCAAUGAAAAACUCCCAUCUAUUCCCGGCAAUGAACGCACGUGGCGAAAGUGGUCCAUUGCUUCACAGCUCAGAGCAGUCUCGCGUCAUGAACUACUGCUCUCUGUGCGCACCGUCUGCCGGCACGACCCUCUCGUGGAACGCGCGCGCGCGCGCACGUACGCGCGCACACGCGCGCGGCAGCGCUCCGUUUCAUUGAGCCACCAAGUAUCUGUCCGUCGUGGCAACAGUUGGCAGGAGAGGCUGGCGAGCUCACAACGCGCCGUCGCACGGUCUGGCGCAGCGCUAUUAAAGCAGCGAUGCGUCGGGGUGGCUGAAGUCGUUGAGUGCGAGAGGAGGUCACCAACCGUCCCGGGGUUUAUCGGUCGAGUGCGCGUUUGUGGGUUUUUUUUUUGCGUAAAAUCAAAGGUUGCGCAGUUGCUCACUGAAUAGAGCCCCGGUUAAAGCAGGCAUUGCUUCACUGCCUCGCCUGACACGCACACAAGACACUGAAUACGCGGAACAGGACACAUCGCAUGCUGCCCAGGAUAGCCUGCUGCCUUAUCGACAACUGAGCAAGUCCAUCUGAAGGAUGCAAUGCAGUUUGGAUGGACGCUAUAUCGGCACAACCAUCAUCAGCCUCUGCCAAUCCACUGCUGGAUGAAGGUGUUCCCACGGCGUCGUCCAUCCCUCACCGGUGCAGCUGCACGCGAACCGAUCGUGUCGCUCCGACUCCGCUGCGAAUGCGCUCCAAGAGACGCGUCUACAGCUUGCGUCUAGAUGCCAAGCGCUGUAAGAGAGUCAUGAGGGCUCAUUACUCAGCAGUCGAGAAGGGAAUCGCGGAUGAACAAUUGCGCGUCUUUGCCCCCGGCGACUCUGAUGCUGCUACUACAACCGAUGAUGACACUGCUGGUGCUGCUGAUGGUGCUGCUGCUGCUGCAGAAAAUGAUGAUGGUGAUCAACAGCACGUGCCCAGUGGGCACGUGCUGUCUCGUCUCGGCGUGGCCACGGGCGGAGUGGAAGAGUCGUGCCACCGCUGCGUCCUGCCUCUCGCGCUCGUCCUGCUGCUGGUCGGAGCGGUGGUCACCGCCCUAGGGUGCCAUGCGGACGGGCCCACCUCCGUGAUGGGUCUGUUCGGCGUGGCCCUCAUGAUCCUCGCGGGGUUCAUGCUGGCGACGGGAGCAAUCAGCUGGUGCUGGCGACGUGGAGGCGGCAGAGCCGCUCAGCCAGCGGAGCGACUGAGACAUGUGCGCUGCUGAUGGAUGAUCCCGAUGGCUGGACGGUCAGUGGUGGUGCCAAGACCACAUUCAUUGGGGGAGUCCGAAGCAGACCAUUAUCUUUGUGGUCCACCCUCCUGUUUAACGUUUACAUCCCUCGUGAAGCGACAAGAGAUACAGACACGGGAUCGGUGUAGUGAGAUAAGAGAAAUGUUGACAAAUAUACGGAUGCAGCGAGAUGAGAAUCGCAACGCAGACGAGCUAUGAAUUGGCGUUUUUUUAAAAUUCUAACUGACAUUUGAUGCUUCAGCCCCGCGCCGACCGCCCGCCUCAGCUCUGACUCUCGGGUGAGGUGAAUGCGGGAGGUGAGGGGCACGAGGUGGCCAAGCGAUUCGGGAUAUUUAAGCGUGGUCGGAGUUAGACCGAUAAGAGAGGUGAGUAGGUUUGGGCAGGACACGUCGCUAGAACGGAUUUUGGUGAUGAUGAUGAUGAUGAUAAUCGAUGAUCGAUAAUUAUUACGGUGGCACUUAUCAGCGUGGUGAAGUAUUGCCAAAUUACCACCAUGAUCUGUAAGGCGUGAGGAGGGAACGGACAAAAUAAUGAUGGUUAAUGAGGUUGUGCCAUGGGGUGUGUAUUUAAUUGCUCUGUGUACGUGCAGUAUGUCAUUGCGAUGUGUUACUACAAUGCUCGGCGGGUUACUGAGGUAGUGAAUCGUGGAAUGUGCGUUCACUCAUUUCUUAAUGGUCUUAAUGCAACGUGUGCUUGAUUAUAAAUAGGUUAACAUGGCAGAGGUGCAGCCCUGCAAUUUCACACUCACGCCGCUGCUGGUGAAAGUACAUACAGUGAGGGAAAAAAGUA